GGGGAAUGGAUUGGGUCCACCGACCUGUGGGUCUUACCUUUAUUUAUUAUUUAUUUUUUUUUUGCUAUCUGGUUUAGUUUUGAGGUUAUAGAUGAAAAUUUGAAAGUGAGCUGAGGAAAAUCAGGGAAUUUUUGAGAAAAUUGAGAAAAAGAGAAAAAGGGUUUAGAGAGAGUAGAGGGAGAGAGGUGUAUAUGUGUGACAGUAUCUGCAUGACACCGAAUCAGAGAAGGAACUAAAGUGAGCAUCAGUUAUUCAAAAUCUGGCAUUUAAGAGAAGAGAGAAGAGAGAAGAGAGAAGAGCAGUGGAGGAUAGGAUAGCAUAGGAUAGAUAUAAAAUUAAUUGCAUAUCCAUGGGCUGAUUCAUUUCUCUUUUCCUUUUCUUUAUCCCCCAGUCUUCUUUAAUUUCUCUGAUUUCAGCUUUUCUCCUGCAUAGUUAUAUAUAUACAUAAUUCCGGUUUCUGAAGAGAGAAAAAGCAAGAGUAGCAGAGGAAGAAGAAGGAGAAGUAGUUGGUGAGGAAUUCGAUAGAGAAAAAGCUUUUGGUGAUCGGAAAUAUGGCUGCAUCGUCUUCCUCAGUGCCGUUAUUUGGUAUAAGAGAAGAAAAUCAAAACCAAAUGAGACAGCAGCAACAUUCCUCUACACCAGCUCCAUCUGCAGUUCAAGCACCACAACCCCCUAAGAAGAAGAGAAACCAGCCAGGAACACCAAAUCCAGAUGCGGAAGUCAUAGCGCUAUCUCCCAAGACACUAAUGGCAACAAACAGGUUCAUUUGUGAGGUAUGCAACAAAGGGUUCCAAAGGGAGCAAAACCUACAGCUUCACAGAAGAGGACACAACCUGCCUUGGAAGCUAAAGCAGAAGACUACAAAAGAGGUGAAGAGAAAGGUUUAUUUGUGCCCUGAUCCCACAUGCGUCCACCAUGACCCUUCUCGUGCUCUUGGCGACCUCACUGGCAUCAAAAAGCACUAUUCGAGAAAACAUGGCGAGAAGAAAUGGAAGUGCGAAAAGUGCUCUAAGCGCUAUGCUGUUCAAUCUGACUGGAAGGCCCAUUCUAAAACUUGCGGCACCAGAGAGUACAGGUGUGACUGUGGAACUCUCUUCUCGAGGCGUGACAGUUUUAUCACGCACAGGGCUUUCUGUGAUGCACUGGCUCAAGAGAGUGCAAGACACCCUCCUUCCAUCAGCACUAUAAGCAGUCAUCUGUAUGGAAAUAACAACAAUGUAGCAGCAGCUGGUUUAGGCUUAUCUCAACUAGGCCCACAAGUUCCCUCCUUACAAGACCAGACUACCUCUCAAUCUACUCAUGCUCCACCCACCCAAUUUGAUCAUCUCCUUCCUUCUCACUCCACCUUCCGUCACCACCACCAGCAGAACCCCGCCGCUUCUCCUGCUUUCUUCAUGCAAGAACCAAACCAACAAGACUUAUUGUCAAACAAUAAGCAGUUUCAUGGGCUAAUGCAGAUGGCUCCUGGUAACAACACUACCAGUCUUUUCAACCUGGGUUACAAUAGCAGCAAUGAUGGAGGAGGAAAACACAGCUCAACUACCAAUCUGCCAUCUUCUGGUUUUCUGGUUCCUAAUCAUUUCAACAAUGAAAAUGGUACUAGUGGGGUCGACGUCGUCGGUGGUGAAGGCUCCACUCUCUUCCCUAACAAUCUCAUGACUGACCAGAUCAGCUCGGGUCUCUCCUCUCUCUUUGGCACACCCAUUCAAGGUGGCAGUAUCAACAACAUGAUGCCCCAUAUGUCCGCCACCGCACUUCUUCAAAAAGCUGCUCAAAUGGGUUCAACCUCCAGCAACAACACUGCCUCUCUGCUAAGAAACAAAUCAAACUUUGCUUCUAUUUUCAGCGAAAACGAGGCCAAUAACCUUCAUGAACUAAUGAACUCGUUUAGUAGCGGCAGCCCUUCAAUCUUGGGAGGUGGAUAUGGAGAAGAUCAUCAGAACCCAUAUGGGGAAGAAAGGCAACGACACGGGCCAAACACCUUUGGCAAUCUUGAUGAGCAAAAACUCCAUCAGAAUAUGAGUGCAAAUAUUGGGGGAUCUGAUAGGUUAACCAGAGACUUCUUGGGCGUUGGACAAAUCGUUCGAAGCAUGAGUGGAGGCAUUUCACAAAGGGAGAAACAACAGCAAGCCACCAUGGAUAUAAGCUCGUUGGAAUCAGAGAGGAACAGGACUGGUAAUGCGGGACCGACAACAAGUCAAUCUUUUGGAGGUGGAGGGAAUUUUCAGUGAUGAAGAGAAGAUGAUGAUGAUGAUAAUGAGGAGGAGGAGCGAAGUACAGGGACAUGCAAUAUGGUUCUGGAAAAGACAUCUUGACUAAUCAUCUUCAUCACAUGAAAGAAUCGACAAGAAGGUGUUGAUCGAGUUUAUUUUAUCUCACCCGGAUCAUAUACCAGAGCUUAAUGGAACUCUUUUAUAGGCUUUUAAUUUUUAGUUUAUAUUAGUUAACCUUUCCUCCCCCCCGUUUUAUAACAAGAAUUUUCUCAUCUUUUGUAUGGAAAAUUUAGUAGAAAACAUAUAUGGUUUUUUUUUUUUU